AUGCAGAAGCCUCAAGUGUUCAUCAACUUUAGAGGCAAAGACGAACGGCAGAAAUUAGUGCCACAUCUCAAACAUCAUUUGAAAGCUAGCAAUAAAGUGAGAGUGUUCACGGACGAGGACGCGCCUGGAAAGCCGCUCCAAAGUCUCUUCAAACAUAUAAGAGAUUCACGGAUCGUCAUCGUCAUCUUCUCCGUGAACUACUUGGAGUCAGACUGGUGCUUGGAAGAGCUGGAUGAGAUCAGAAAAUGUUUAGCGACGGAGAAGAUUGAGUACGCAAUACCCAUAUUCUACAAAGUCAGGGCUGCCCACAAAGCUUUGGGAGUCGUCGCUGAGACGAUCGGACUGAGUUAUCACGACAAUAGUGCGCUUAAUGAGUUGGAUUUCGUCAAGAAAGUCGUCGAAAUGGUUGAUGGAAUUUUAGCCGAAAUUGCAUCAAAGGAGAUAUCAGAGAGAAACUCGAUUGCGUUUGACGCCAGUGAUCAGUCAAAACUUCACUUGUCAAAAACACUGGAAGCUCUUAAUCUGGAAAUAUCUUAUCUUGAAGGAUUCAUGGAUGGCUCAGCAUGGAAAGAUCUUAUCUCGUUAGUGCAAAGUAGCAACCGUUUCAAGAUAUCUCUUCCUGAAAGCUCUUUUCAAUUCCCUGUGAAUCUUCAAAACUUUGAUGCACAAGGAAAGGAGUCGAUAGAGAAAGCUAUCAACAUUCUUGCCCUUCACAUGAUAAGUAAGCCGACACAACCUGCUUUGAUCUUCAGUAACUGGGACAAACUAGACCACGACACCAAGGACAAUAUCAUCUACUCUGCACGAAAGAAAAGGAAGAUGAUCUCUCAGAUGCUCAAGGGCUACAAUGGGGAUGUUAAUUUGGAGCCUCUUUUUCCUCCAAAUUUGUCUCCUCUGGUUGAAGAAUCAAUAUGGGACAAGACGACCGUGUCUAAGGUGCCUCAAGUUCGGCCACAUCCUGAUCAUAGACGUGCCAACUCAUUUCAUGACAAAAGAGAUCAGUUUUACCCUUCGCCUUAUGAAAUGGUCUGGCACGUUGAAACCGGCCCUGCCGUAUCUCAAGGGAGCAUUGACAGUAUUGGGCAAACAAAUGUUAAGGAAAAUAUGAGAGACGACAACCCGAGUUACGUUUCAUCUCUGUAUUACAUUUUCAACCGUUGUUUGUGUGUCGCAUGA